CGGGGUUUACGCAUCAUCUACGUAGGAAAGGAGCAGGAAGAAAAUAAAGACACUGUAGAGAUAACACUGUCAAAAUAACGUCGUUUAUUGUAUAUCGGCUUGAUACUGACAAAUAACCUAACCGUAAUCCUGUUUGGAGGGAAACGCGGUGAUAUUUUCCUGUCAUUUUUUUUUUAUUUCCAGCAGUUUUUCUGUGACCAGCGUUAUUCCACAUACAGUAGCAGAUGAAAAAAGGAAUGCCUGAAAAACAUGUCUCACAAAGAAGAUAAUGAAGGGAAAAAGAGCCCUCACCGCACUGAAUUGUACACCAGCAUCCCUGGAACAUGUCUGCCCAUUGUGUACCACCCUGACUACAACAUCACCUUCAUGGGCCUUGAAAAGCUCCAUCCAUUUGAUGCAGGGAAGUGGGGGAAAGUCAUUCACUUCUUGAAAGAGGAGGAGUUCAUCACUGAUGGGAACCUGGUGGAAGCCCGUGAAGCUACAGAGGAGGAUCUGCUGGUGGCUCACACCAAAGGCUACCUCAGCAGAUUAAAGUGGUCUUUUGUGGUGGCAACCAUCACAGAAAUCCCACCCCUCAUGUUGCUGCCUAAUUUCCUGGUGCAGCGGAGAGUGUUGAGGCCGUUGCGGACACAGACUGGAGGAACAAUAAUGGCAGGAAAACUGGCUAUUGAUAAAGGAUGGGCCAUAAAUGUAGGAGGAGGCUUCCACCACUGCUCCGGGGACAAGGGAGGGGGCUUCUGUGCCUACGCCGACAUCACUCUGGCCAUCAAGUUUCUGUUUGAGAGAGUGGAAGGCGUCUCCAAGGCUACCAUCAUCGAUCUGGAUGCUCAUCAGGGAAAUGGACAUGAGCGAGACUUCUUGGAGGACAAGAGAGUUUUCAUCAUGGAUAUGUAUAACCGCUACAUUUAUCCCGGGGACACGUUUGCCAAAAGAGCCAUAAAGAGGAAGGUGGAGCUGGACUGGGGCACUGAAGACUCCGAGUACCUUCAGAAAGUGGAACUUCACUCAGAGGGAGCGUUGAACGAGGUACGACCUGACAUCAUCGUCUACAACGCUGGGACAGACAUCUUGGACGGGGACCCGCUUGGAGGACUCUCCAUAUCUCCACAGGGAAUUGUAAAGAGAGAUGAGAUCGUGUUCAGGGCCGCGAGGCGACGAGGCAUCCCGAUACUUAUGGUGACAUCUGGAGGAUACCAGAAGAAAACAGCGCGCAUCAUCGCAGACUCCAUACUGAACUUGCACCAGCAGGGCCUGAUCGGAGCAGAGGCUCUGGAGGCAGAGGGAUCGUCAUCACUGGUGACCAGCAUGAUGUGCAGCUCUGGAUCUGUGGGCUCCAGAUUCACAGCUGUGUGAGGCACGAGAGUCCUGGAGGAGUUCUCACCUGCAGGUGUGUCAUCCACUUGAGAGGUGUUUAAAGGCACUACAGUAACUUUUUAUUGCACACUGACCAUGAAACUCUAAGGUUACUGCUGCCACACAGAAAUGUGCUUCUUUUAAUAUGAAGGAAACAGGUGGUUGACCGAUGGUAGUUUGCACAUAAGCAACAAAAUAUAAGCUUUUUUUUUUUUUUAGAUUUUAGAUUUUGGAUGUAGACGUCUUUUACUCAAAGGGAAUAUCUGAAGGAGAAACAAAAAAAAGAGUCCUGAAACAAUAAAAUUCUCCUGACUGCAGUCAAUUUCAGAAGCUUUCAGAAUACUACAAAUGGAUUUGUUUAAAUAUUCAUUCGAUGAAGAAUCAUGGUUUUUAAGUUUAAUGCAUUAUUUCGGGCGGCGUUUUAGAGAGGUAUUCUUUCAUCUCAGGAAAUGUAAUUAUGUCAUUUGUGGGCGAUUUGAUGUAUUAGUAGUUCAUAAAUGAGUAAAGAGGUUUGAUAUUCUAACAGUAAAUGAAUAACCCUCUAUUAAAUGGUUAUGGAGAUGAAACACAAGAUAACUCCACAUGAAAGCUGAACAUAAUCUAACGGUGAUUUUUAACCUUCUUAAACAUGAGAAGUCUUCUUUAUUACUUGUUAACAUUUAGUUUAUGAGUCUGAUUCUGAUGUUUGCACUUGAAAAUAGUUUAAUAAUUUUACAGUUAAUUGUGUUUCAUUGAUCAAAAUGUGCCAUUGGGAUUAAUACUUACCCUUCUAAUUGACUGUAUCUGUGCAGUUCACGUUUACAUGACACCUUGUAUGGUUUUAUUGUUGGUACUAAAAGUGGCUUUUUGAGGGCGUUUUCACAUAAGGCACGAUUAUUUUAUACCAUGCUCGACGAAACCAGCCUAAUUGUGAACAAAUUUGCACUUUUACUGGUGUAUUGUGAUAGUACGUUAACACUCCCAGUCUCCUAAAAAUCAAUGUUCUUGUCGUGGUUUGUCUGUGGUCUGUAGAUCAAACCUUCAAAAAUGUAAACUGUUUAAAUGUGUGAGAGGUGCUUUUCCUGAGUUUUUUUUAGUUCUGAGAGGUUUGCAGCCGUGUACUAUAGAGACCUCCUUUAAUGAGGUUUACAUUCUCAGUGGUUUUAUUAGUGCAGACAAAUUAGAUAUUUUGGAUCAAUAUGAUUCAUGCAGCAACUUCCAAAAAUCACUAACACAUUCACGGGGCGUGUUGGUGUCUGUGUUCGGGUUCUUCUACCCCUUUAAGCCAUGUAAAGUUCAAAAGUUUACUGUGAAUGUUAGAGGCACAACUUUAAGAUCAUUUACAGCUUCUGGCUUUGUAUUCUUUACUCAACUGUGAAACCAAGAACUUUGCUGAGACCUACUAACAUGGUACCAUGGUCAUGAAGAAGUUCUCUGAAUCCCUGCUGCAG